CGGGCUCAAAUUAUCAUUUUCUUUGAUUGUUAUAAGCAACUUCUCCUUCAAUUGACCCGUGCAUCCAAAGAUUUGCCAAAAAUCCACGGCUUAUCAUGAGCAAAAAUUACCAAAGCGUUCCUCAAGAGGAACCUAUAGAAACUAAUGCUGGACCUGCUCAGGCUCCUCCUUCCUACGCUGAACUUGGAGAAGCAAAUGAUACUGCAAUUCCUUCUGUGGAGGAAACUUUUAAAGAUACAAGGCCCGUGGCCGAAUGUAGUCGGACCAUCCGAAUGGCUUUUUUGAGAAAAGUAUAUGCAAUUCUAUCUGCUCAGCUCUUUGUUACAGCUUUAUUUGGUGGUAUAUUUUAUUUGGAACCAACAUUGUCUCUUUGGGUAAAGAAUCACCCUUGGUUUUUACUGGUCAAUUUCUUUGUGUCUCUAGGCGUCCUUUUCGGCCUUAUCUUGAAGCCCUAUUCGUAUCCUCGAAAUUACAUUUUCCUUUUCACGUUCACGGCUUUGGAAGGCCUUACCCUAGGUACUGCCAUAUCUUUCUUCUCAGCUCGCAUCAUAUUGGAAGCCGUGUUUAUUACCCUUGGAAUCUUUGUGGCUCUUACCGCUUUUACCUUUCAAUCAAAGUAUGACUUUAGUCGUUUGGGAGGAUUUCUCUAUAUUUCAUUAUGGACUCUUGUUUUGUCUCCGUUAGUUUUUAUGUUCAUGCCUUCCAUGCCCUUGGCCGAAUUGGCUUUCGCUGGUUUUGGUACACUUGUCUUUUGCGGUUACAUCUUAUACGACACUCACAAUAUCCUUCAUCGUUAUUCUCCGGAAGAAUUUAUCAUGUCCAGUCUGAUGUUAUACCUUGACUUUAUCAACUUGUUUGUUCGCGUUUUGCAGAUUGUCGGUAUGCUCCAAGAUGACGAUCGUUAGAAAGCUUUUGUUACAGCGAUUUUUGUAGCCUACUGUCCUUUGAUUCCAUUUGGGUCCUUUUCAUUCGAAAUCUCUCGAUGAAGUUGAACAGUGAUAAAGAUCAUCAGUUCUUUCAUGGAAAAACUGACGAAAAAUGAAUGAGACUGGACUAAAAUUCUUCCUUUGAAAGCAAAAAACAUUAUUGAUCAGCUACACAAAAAAAAGCCACCAUUUACUUAUAUAUUGGCACUAAAUUUACUUUCUACCUUAUUUAUUUAAACUGCUACGUUUGUUUUUCGUAAUCAUAUUUAACUUACUAGAAAAAAAGAAAUUUCUGUUGGAAUAAAUUUCCUGUCAAUAUACUAAUUUUCAUCUUGUUACAAGCA